UGAGCUCUGGUGGAGGCAGCAGCUCUGGGAGGAGAGGUUCCAUCUCUGGAGGGAGUGGAGGAGGAGGAAGUUCAGGCCAUGGAGGGUCGAGUUACGGCAGUGGAGGUUCCAUUUGUGGAGGAGGUGGCUCAGGAUACGGAGGUGGCGGAAGCUCUGGCAGUGGAGGUUCCAUGUCUGGAGGUGGCCACAGCUCUGGAGGAGGAGGAUUUGGCUCUGGCAGCGGCAGAUGGAGUCCCCAUGGUGGAGGAAUGAGCUCUGGUGGUGGAAGCGGAUCUGGAAGGAGAGGUUCCAUCUCUGGAGGGAGUGGAGGAGGAGGAGGAGGAAGCUCGGGUCAUGGAGGUUCGAGUUAUGGCAGUGGAGGUUCCAUUUGUGGAGGAGGUGGUUCAGGAUACGGAGGUGGAGGAAGCUCUGGGAGUGGAGGUUCCAUGUCUGGCGGUGGCCACAGCUCUGGAGGAGGAUUUGGCUCUGGCAGUGGCAGAUGGAGUCCCCAUGGUGGAGGAAUGAGCUCUGGUGGUGGAAGCGGAUCUGGAAGGAGAGGUUCCAUCUCUGGAGGGAGUGGAGGAGGAGGAAGCUCGGGUCAUGGAGGGUCAAGUUAUGGCAGUGGAGGUUCCAUGUCUGGAGGUGGCCACAGCUCUGGAGGAGGAGGAUUCGGUUCUGGCAGUGGCAGCUGCAGUCCCCACGGUGGAGGGAUGAGCUCUGGUGGAGGCAGUGGCUCUGGGAGGAGAGGUUCCAUCUCUGGAGGGAGUGGAGGAGGAAGCUCGGGUCAUGGAGGUUCGAGUUAUGGCAGUGGAGGUUCCAUUUGUGGAGGAGGUGGCUCUGGAUACGGAGGUGGCGGAAGCUCUGGCAGUGGAGGUUCCAUGUCUGGAGGUGGCCACAGCUCUGGAGGAGGAGGAUUUGGCUCUGGCAGUGGCAGCUGCAGUCCCCAUGGUGGAGGAAUGAACUAUGGUGGAGGCAGUGGUUCUGGAAGGAGAGGUUCCAUCUCUGGAGGCAGUGGAGGAGGAGGAAGCUCAGGCCAUGGAGGUUCGAGUUACGGCAGUGGAGGUUCCAUUUGUGGAGGAGGUGGCUCGGGAUAUGGAGGUGGCGGAAGCUCUGGGAUUGGAGGUUCCAUGUCUGGAGGUGGCCACAGCUCUGGAGGAGGAGGAUUUGGCUCUGGCCAUGGCAGCUGCAAUCCCUAUGGUGGAGGGAUGAGCUUUGGCGGUGGCAGUGGCUCUGGGAGGAGAGAUUCUUUCUCUGGAUAUGAAGGAAGUUCAGUCUCUGUAGUUUCUGGAUCAAAUAGUGGUGGUGUCUGCAGUUCUGGAAGUGCAAGGUAUGGCUUUGGAUGUGGGGCACCCAGUUCUGGGGGUGUCUGCCGGUCUGACAGUGGAGGGUAUUGCUCUGGUAUUGGUGGUAGCUCUGAAGAGGAAGCAGAUUAUUGAGGAUGGAACUGUGAAGCUGAGAGAAAGAGCCCUGAAUGUGGGACUGGACAGUGCUCUGAAGGACAGUGGUAUUGUUAAAAGGUGGGUUAUAGGUCUGGAAGUGGCUUAGUUUCAUCUGGAUAAGCUUCACACCACUAAUAUUUGCAUGCAAAUACCAACUAGUGGAACAGGAAGAAGACAUUCGCCAUGGUAUGGGUUGUGAGGGCGCUUUCCUUCCCAGCAUUGAGUCAGCCCUGUUCUGAAUGUUUCACACCCAAUCCCAAACUCCUUUCUCCCUGCGCAGCCACCUCCUGAAUUCUCCCACCACACACAUCUCUUUUAUGACAAUAUUUGGACCGUCGCUCUCCUUUCCUUCACCUUUCUCUGACCACUUCAACUCGGGUUGUUUGAAAAGUUUGUCUUUGUCAACUAAAAGCUUGAAACCCU